AUGGCUCCCAAACCCUUGUUCCUGUGUACCCUGUUAACAUUCUCAUUAACUUUCGCUAGAAUCUCAUCCGCCGGAUUGAAGUACGAAGUGAUUAAUGAAGUCCCCAAAACUCCUGGGGGCAUCAAGUUCACAGAAAAAAUCGGAAUUCCGUACACAAAAGAACUAUUGCCUACAUUGACAAACUUCAUAUGGUCUACCAUCUUGCAACAAAGCAGUACGUCAGAUCGAAAGCCCAUGGAUACUAUACAAGUUUACAUUAGAGAGUCCACAGAUGCUGCAGGUAUCAAAUGGGGACAGAGCAAAAUUAAUGUUAGUUCCAAUUAUUUGGAUAUCGUCCAAGGGGACUUGAAAUGGGACUUUACGUCAGUUAUGUACCACGAAAUGACCCACGUCUUACAAUGGGAUGCCGAGGGUAAAACUCCUGUUAAUCUUGUAGAAGGUAUUGCGGAUUUUACAAGGAUAAAAGCAAAUUACAUGCCACCAUCCUUUGCAAAGCCUGGGGAUGGGGAUAAAUGGGACCAGGGUUAUGCUUUCACAGCCCGUUUUCUGGAAUAUUGUGACGGGCUCUUUCCAGGAUUUGUGGCUAAGCUUAAUAACAAGAUGAGGAAGACUUACGAUGUUUCGUACUUUAAAGAGUUAUCAGGGAAACCCGUGGAGCAACUUUGGAAGGAAUACAAGACUAAACAUGGGAAAAGGAAUUAA